AUGGUGGAAGCCGAUCGCCCGGGGAAGCUGUUCAUUGGGGGGCUCAACCCCGAAACCGACGAGAAAGCCCUAGAGGUCGCGUUUGGCAAGUAUGGCCGAAUCUCUGAGGUGCUCCUCAUGAAAGAUCGAGAAACCAGCAAGUCCCGGGGCUUCGCGUUCGUCACCUUCGAAAGCCCCGCCGACGCCAAGGCCGCCGCCAGAGACAUGAACGGCAAGUCCCUGGAUGGUAAGGCCAUCAAGGUGGCUCAGGCCACCAAGCCGGCGUUUGAGAGCGGCCGGCGCGGCCAGCUGCCGCCCCGCAGCAGCCGCGGUCGUCCGAGGGGCCUGCGGGGGCUGGGUCCCCGGGAGGAGGGCUACUCGCCCAGAGAUAGCUACUCGAGCCGCGACUACCCGAGUGUCCGCGACCCCCGAGAUUUUGCUCCCUCGCCCCGGGAGUACACCUACCGCGACUACGGCCACUCCAGCGCCCGCGACGACUGCCCGUCGAGAGGCUACGGCGACCGAGACGGCUACGGGGGGCGCGACCGCGACUACGCGGAUCAUCCCAGCGGAGGCUCCUACCGAGACCCCUUCGAGAGCUACGGGGACCCGCGCAGCGCCGCCCCUGCGCGGGGGCCGCCGCCAUCUUACGGCGGGGGAGGCCGCUACGACGAGUAUCGCGGCUGCUCGCCCGACGCCUACGGAGGAGGCCGCGACAGUUACGCCGGCGGCGGCCGAAGCGACCGCUAUUCGAGGGGCCGCGACCGGGUAGGCAGGGCCGACCGCGGGCUCCCGCCGUCCAUGGAGAGGGGGUGUCCGCCCCCUCGUGAUUCUUACAGCCGGUCGGGCCGCUGGGUUCCCAGGGGCGGAGGCCGCCUUGGAAGCCGCUCGGAGAGAGGGGGAGGCCGGAGCAGAUACUAA